GCAUUUUUGUCACUUUCAUGGCGGAAAGUGACCUGCCAUCCUACCGAUUAAUGUUCUAGAAAGGUUCCACGAGAUGCUGUUGAAACGCGACGCUCUUUCUUGGCGCGGUCGCACUUUGCAGAGUGGUACGUCGCGUCACCUUUUCUCGACCAGCCAGCCAUCUCCAGACGGACCCAUCAUCCAUAUCCCUCGAUCUUCCAUCUAUCCAUUGGGCGUAAACAACAAGUCUGGUCCCCUCUUCCGAGAUGUAUCAUGGACAGUGCACCCUAAGGAUGCCUGGGUAGUACUCUCUGCGACUUCCAGUGGGGCCAAGACGUCCUUGCUGCAAGCCCUCACCGGCCAUCUCAGAAUCUCCCCGCCACCACCGCCUCCGUAUGGACUACUUCCGUUCCUGAAGAACCGCGAUCCUCAUAAGCACGUGUCCCUCGUGAGCUUUGCCCACAGACCUCAGGCGGCUGGCGGCGCGUUCUACGACUUUACAGCUCGAUAUGGGGCAGUCAGAGAGGAGGAUAGGCGUACUCUGCGCGACACGUUCUUCCCUGAAACCGCGAAGCCGCUGCACGAGCUUGCAGUUCCGGCCAUGUAUACGCAUCCAGAAGACGUCGACCAGCUGCACGCUGACCAUGCUAAGGAACAGCUUCGCAGGGAGCUGUUUGGGGACCUGGUCACCAGACUGGACUUGCACCGUUUCCUUGAUCUACCCAUGAUAGCCCUAAGCAACGGUCAGACUAGGAAAGCCAGAAUCGUGAAGGCUCUGCUUGAGCAGCCCGAGCUGCUACUUCUUGACGAACCUCUCACCGGCCUUGAUGUACAGACGCGCGCACUGGUGUUGUCCCUUUUCCAUUCUUUACAUGUCAAGAACGACCCACACAUCAUAUUGGGCAUGCGUCCGCAGGAUCCCAUCCCGGACUGGACCACUCAUCUUGCCUUAAUCCGCCAAGACGGGACUAUACACGCCGGCAAGAAGGAGGAAGUCCUGGACGUUGCUGCCAACACGCAGUUGCAUUCAGGCUGGUCAGCUCCUACUUCUAGGAAGCAUGCUCGAAACGAGACCGGCAACGCGGUUGUCACUCUUGCAGGAGUCAAUGUAGCAUAUGGGGAUCGUAUGGUGCUCAAGGACAUUAACUGGACGAUCCAUGAGGACUCUAGAUGGCAUCUCCAGGGCGUAAACGGCGCCGGAAAGACCACCCUCCUCGCCAUGGUCACUGGCGAGCACCCUCAGUCCUACACCCAGUCCUCUAGGCUUACGCUCUUCUCCCGCCCGCGCGCCAGAUGGCCCACUCCGCACCUGCACGCGCGCAUCGGCCGCGUCUCGCCAGAAAUGCACAAUGCGUUCCCGCGGCGGCGCGGCAUGUCCGUCUGGGACGCCGUCGGCACCGGCUUCGAGGGCAACUUCGUCCCGCGUGGCCGCUUCCGUGUUGGCUUCGGCGCGGACGGUGCAGAGCUCGCGGACGGCAGCGCGGACGAGCGCUGGCGCGUCCGUCGCAUGUGGGAGGUCCUCAGGGCGCUCGGGCCUGCGGCAUGGCGGGGCGAACCGCAGAGCGAGGCCGAGGCGCGUGAGGCGCAAGAGUUCUCGAAGAGGUCAUUCGCGGACCUCGCGCCGGGCGAGCAGUCGAUGGUGCUGCUCAUGCGUGCGCUCGUCGGUAGGCCGCCGCUGGUGCUGCUAGACGAAGCAUGGGCUGGUAUGGACGAGGGAAUGGUGCAGGUGGCACGUGCAUACCUUCGGGAAGGAGGGCUGGAGGACGGUCAAGCAUGUAUUGUGGUCAGUCACUGGGAAGAGGAAGUGCCUUGGAGCAGGGAAGACGGGGUGCAGCGGUUCCGGCUGAGUGAUGGCCAGGGAUACAUCGAAUGAGCUACACCGAUCUUGUAGAAUAUUGCUCAUUUACUUCCGGACAAUGCGACUAGAGUUUUUGACUGAAAGACC